AUGUCAUCUAUAAACAUCCUUACGCUCCUUCCCCUUUUACCCCUCCUCGUCCUCGGUUCAGCAUGGAGAGAUCCAGCUGCUCCUCCAUUAGAUGGUAGGAAACGUGCUGCCGCUGCUGCGACUCCACUGGAUUUUGAGAGUGUCGGUGAUACAGGUGUCAGUGCGCAGAUGGUAUUCUUGGGUAACAAUAAGAAGAUUUACGUGUUGGACAAGACUGAGAAUAACCCUGUGGAGAUUGACGGAGAGUAUGGGACUCACCCUGCUUGGGCUACCGAGUAUGAUAUCGAGACCAAUGAAUAUCGAACGAUGGAUGUCUUCUCGAAUACCUUCUGUGCGGGUGGUGGUGUGCUGGGCAAUGGUACUUGGGUGGUAUUCGGUGGUAAUCAACCUGUAACUACGGGUGGUGUCGCUUCCACUGCUGCCGAAGCGUACUCGGAUACUGACGGUGGUACCGCCAUUCGAAUGCUUACUCCUUGUACCGACGAGUCAUGUGAAUACAUACAGGGGACAACCUCUUAUUCGACAUCCGAUAACAACACUGGUGGAUGGCUUCAGAUGACAGGAAGACGAUGGUACCCCAUGGUAGAAGCUUUACCGGAUGGAUCGUUGAUCAUCAUCGGUGGUGAUAAGAACGGUGGAUACGUCAACACUCAAGCUCAGGAUAAUCCAACAUACGAAUUCUUCCCACCUCGUGCCGAUGAUCCCGUAGACUUACAGUUCCUUGCCGAUACCCUCCCCAUCAACCUCUACGCUUUGACAUGGUUGAUGCCCUCUGGUAAACUCUUCAUGCAGGCUAACCGAAAGACCAUUCUCUACGAUUACAACACCAAGGAGACCACCGAUCUUCCCGACAUGCCUUACGCUGCUCGUGUCUACCCUGCUUCUGCAGCCACCGCCAUGCUCCCCUUGAUCCCGGACAACGACUACGCCGCUACGAUCCUAUUCUGCGGUGGUUCUAACACGACCCAGUGGGGUAACGACGGUACAGCUGGUUACAAUGUUACUGCUGUUCCCGCCGACAACACCUGUGUGAGAAUCACACCAGAAGGUAGUGCCAAGUACGAGGAUGACGAUUACAUGUUCGAAGGUAGAAGUAUGGGUCAAUUUGUCAUUCUUCCAGAUGGAACUUUCUGGAUGGGUAAUGGUGUGGGUAUGGGAACUGCCGGUUAUGGUGAUGAUGGAUACUCUGUUGGACAAUCAUACGGUCAAGCUCCAAUCUACAUGCCCGCUAUCUACAACUCUUCUGCACCUGCUGGAUCACGAUGGAACCGAACCGGUUUGACCGCCUCUGCCAACGAGAGAAUGUAUCACUCCACGGCCAUUCUGUUACCUGAUGGGUCCAUCUUCAUCGCUGGUUCCAACCCUAACAAAGAUUUCACCACUACUCAAUGGCGAUCUCGAACCGACUCUGAGAAAUGGUACCCAUGGUACUACAACGAAGAACGACCCGUCUACGAAGGUCUCCCCCAAAACCUCACUUACGGUGGAUCGUCAUUCAACAUCACCUUGAACAAUACCGACGAAGCUACCGCUCAGAAUACCAAGGUUGUCGUUAUUCGAGGUGGAUUCAAUACGCAUGCUAUUGGUUUCGGUCAACGAUAUCUCCAACUCAACUCGAGCUACUCGGUAGAUAUGAAUACAGGUAAGACGACACACAUCGUCUCUCAGAUGCCUGGAACCAACGGACCCAACUUGUUCCAACCUGGACCAGCGAUGUUCUUCGUCGUUGUUAAUGGUGUACCAUCGCAAGGUGAAUUCAUCAUGGUCGGAUCCGGUAAAUUAGAAACUCAAACUACUCAAGCGAAUGAGGAUCUACCUACAUCGACUAUAAUAGCUCUCACUACGCCUUCGUCGACAGAAAGUGCGGACAGUUCGUCAGCAUCGACCAACCAGGGUGCUACCACCACUUCAUCAUCGACUCAUGCUGUUGUGAUUGGCUUGACGAGUACCUUGAUAGCGGGUUUGAUAUCGUGCUUGUCAUUCUUAUAA